GCAAAACAGUUUCGAAAAGGUUUUGCAACGAAAAAAGUUUUGCAACAAAAAGAGAGUUUCUAUUGGAGAAAUCCAGGAAGGUCCCGCCCUGUUUCGUUCCGUUUGUUUCUCUUUGGUUUCUAGUGAAUACACCCCUGUUGAACACAGCUCAAGAUGACCAAAUCUGUCAAACUUCAACAGCGAAAAAAGCUAAGGAUGCCCCUCCUUUUCACCACCCGACAGCGGAGAAGAAAUGGCGAUGCUAGGAUCUUUUAGCUCCGCACAGCAGAAUAAAAAUAUUUCUGGCGGCGACAGGGACGGGACAGAGUUCGUAUGUCCGGUUUGUCUCGAGAUUUUCGAUAGCCCUGUCACAACACAAUGUGGACAUACGUUUUGUCAAAGUUGUCUGCAGGAGUGCCUGCGGCCCCAGAAGCCAGUGUGUGCCGUUUGUAGGGCAGCACUGGGCCACUGGGCCAAAGCCACUGACCUAGAGGCCCUCAUACACACCUCAAUGGCGGCCUGCAAGGGCUGUGGAGCACAGGUGGGCCUGUCCCAGAUGAGAGGCCACACGGCAGCAUGCUCCAAGUACCAGGAGUAUAUUGAGGAGGGGGUCAGGACCACUGCCCAGACCCAGCCUAACAUUAUUGGCCCUAUGCCGAAUCGCUUCACUUUCUCAUGCCCCUACUGUAACUACCAGAACCUGGACCAGGACGGCCUGGUGGAGCACUGCACUUCCCAGCAUGCCCGGGACACGCGCCACGUGGUGUGUCCUAUCUGUGCCUCUAUGCCUUGGGGGGACCCCAACUACAGGAGCGCUGACUUCUUCCAGCACCUAAAGAUUAGACACACCUUCUCUUAUGACACCUUUGUGGACUACUCKYCAGACGAACACACUAUGAUCCAGGAGGCUCUACAACGCUCCCUCAUGGAGAACUGAGGUGGUGUCUGUCUUGAGGAAGGAGGAAAAGGUGGCUUUGAGGGAAAAUAGAAUUGCACUGCACCAUCCUUGAACUGGGCUAGUGGUGUAACCAUAGGAAAAGGAUUAGUAAGGGUGGGUGGCAACUUCCUGACUGCAUAACCAGGAAGCUUUGAGGCCAACCAAGCAACUCCUCUUAUCACUUUACAAAUUAUCAUUCAAACAUAAAUAAAACAAUACAAGUUAAACAAACAGCUCAUGUGCUUUCUGGUAUAGAAGUGGAGUGAUGUCCCUGUAUCUCUCUCCAAAMAAGUGUUGUACUGUUAGACCGUUCAUAAAUCUGCUGAAUCAUAAUUAUUUGGUCUGUUCAUUGUUAGUAUUGUCAUCUAGGCUUACUCUACCUGAGACUUCCAAAGUUAUUUGUUUUCUACUGUUAUGACUUGAUUCUGCAAUAAGAGGUUUAAACCACUAGGUGGCUACCUUUUGCCAACAAAAUGCGACGAUAACAUAGAGGACUUUCUAUCUCUAUCUGUGCCAUUUUAGAAUCUGACAGCAUGGGCAGUGCCUUUUUUGAGGCUUCCAUUUUGAAAGUAGUCAGUUUUCUUCUUCGCGAUUGGCUGAUCCCUCCUGAUGAAUCAGUUGGACAUGACUCCAACAGGGUCACCAGGAAGGAUUGGCUGAUGAAGUUGGAAGUCCCACCCAGUUGACUAUAUUAAAAUGGUGGAAGCCCUUAAUGGCACUGCCAUGCUAAUGCGGCCUUUUGGCCACUAAAGUCCUCUGUCAUUCCCUAUAGGUGAGACAUUGCUCUUCAAUGCAAGAAAUCAUUGUAAAGUGUAAACUGCCAGUAACUAUUAUUCUGGGAGGAAUGCGUGGAUAAGAUGUGUACUCCAAGAUGAAUUACUUCUGCUGAUGAGAAUAGAUGUGUUCCCUGUAGAUUGACAUUGUUUACUCACAGCUGUUUUUAUCUUAAUACCAAAUCAUUUCUGGGUAACAAUUAAGUACCUUACUGUGAUUGUUUUAAAUUAAAAUGGUUAAAAAAUGGCUUCUUAGCAAAGAGCAAUUUCAAGCAAGAAUUUUCCUAGGACUGUCGGAGUGGGGAGGGGAAAACUAGCUGGGUUUGGCAGAGAGGAUCGAAGGCUCUAACUUAUUGGUUUAUUAACUAAUUUACCGCCUGGUGAUGUCACCAGGCAGGCCAAAAGUCRUCCCACCAAAACAGGCUGCAAUUUCAGGUGGUCUUUUCAAACCGCUCUUUCACUGAAAGGGCGUUAUCAUUUUCACAAUAUUAUUCCAAGCUGGAAAUAUAUAAAACAUGAAAAUCAAGUUUUUGACUGCACUAAGCUAGUGUUUUUGUCUUUUUUCCUGUAUACUUCUUGAUUUUCUCCAAAGUAGAGACAUGGGUCUUGUGUGUGCCUUGGAGAACGCACUUGUGAGAGACUAUGCUGGUGGAGGCUCCAGUCUAAGUGUUGGACUUCCAUGCAUGUGUCAAAGGAGCCCUAUUAUUUGAAUGUGGCAUCCCUCUGUGUAACCUCUCAUGGUUUCCGAUGCGCAUGCUACACCCUCUUGCUGGUAGAUGACGUUAAUUUGAGAAUCUAACUUAUAUAGCGUUGAUAAGUUAAGAUAUUAAAUAAGAACCUAAUACAGCCAGGCAGUAUAUAUGUUGUUUAUAAUUGGACAAUUGGAUUUGAUGCACUGCUACGUGCUCCCUGUAGGCUGUAGUUACCCAUGUUUGGCCAGAGGAGGGCAGUAGAGCCACACCACCCAUCCAACCUUGGAGGCACGGUCUCAUUUCCAGAAUCUAGAGCAGUGGUCUUCAAAUCUAGUCUUGCUAUUGUGAGUGCAGGCUUGUGUUCCAGUCCAGCACUUACAUACACACACACACACACACACAUGCUUUGAAUAAUCAACUAAUCAUAGUCUUUAAUAUGGACCACGAUAAACUAGAUUAGGUGUAGCACUGGGAUGAAACAAAAGCCUGCAUACCUUGUACUCCAUGGUUACACCCUUGCUUUGUCAGAGCUGGGUGGCUUUCAAUAGCAGCAAAAUAUAACAUAUUUAGAAAAGGGGAGGGCACUAAUUUGUUCAAUAAGAACAUUUUUCUUUUCAAAAUGUUUUCUCCUAUCUGGUACUCCUGAACAUGACCAUUUAAUAUUGAUGGUGAACAUUUGAUUAGGACAUUUAGUAAGAUUCAGAUGGAUCACUAAAGAAUGGUCUUUAUUUGUGAAAUUAUAUUUCCUUAAUAAAUUAUUUGCUCUGC